AGGCCUACUAACAAUGGUUAAAAAGCACUCGGUGACCGAAAUAAAUAUCUUCCAGACUUGAGGGAGACAAAAAGAAGUAAUUUUGUUUUUGAAGACAAGAAAUAAAAGAGAAAUAAUUAAAAGAACAGAGCACAACAGAAGCUGAUCUUUUGUCCGAAGCUUCUUCCUUUCUCUUUCUCCAACAUUUCUGUCUCUCUGCAAGUAAAUUAUAAACCAAAGUAAACAAAAUCAGCUUCUUCUUUUUUGUAAUAAUUGUUAUUUAUUUUCUCUCUGCAAGUAAAUUAUUCCUCUUUGCUUUAAUCUUCACGAAACAUGCCUUCUUUUGCUUUUGGAUCUCCUCAUCACCAUUUGGCGACUCCCGGAGGCGGAGACUCGCCGUACUCCGUCGAAAUUAGCAUCAACGGCGACUCCUCCGACUUGGAUUCCUUGUCUGAAGUCGAUUUAGAGAGCGGUGGUGUGACGUCUCCUGUGAAGAAGCUACAUUCUGGUGGUGGUAAGAGGAGGCCGGCGAGGAGGAGAAAGACAAAGAAGAAGAGGAAAGAAGGUAGAGAUUGCAGGAUCUGUCAUCUGCCUUUGGAGACUAACAAAGAAGAUGAAGAAGAAGAUGGUUCUGAUGAACAAGAAGAAGAAAACGAAGCAAGAGAAGGUGAACAAGAAGAGUAUUAUGGGCUGCCUUUGCAAUUGGGUUGCUCUUGUAAAGGUGAUUUGGGUGUAGCUCACAGUAAGUGUGCUGAAACUUGGUUCAAAAUUAAAGGAAACAUGACAUGUGAGAUAUGCGGCGCAAUGGCUAUAAACGUUGCUGGCGAACAGUCAAACCAAGAGAGCAACGCCUCUGCCCAUUCACAAACAACUGCAGGACAAACUCAGACAGAGGCACGAGGAACCUGGCACGGUCGCCGUGUUAUGAACUUCUUACUUGCCGUUGUGAUCUUUGCGUUCAUUGUUUCUUGGCUUUUUCAUUUCAAAAUCCUGAAGUGAAACAAAUUUCAUCUCA